AUGUUUUCUGAGUCAAAGCUGGCCUUCUUUUUGGCCUUUCUUUUCAUCUUAAUACUUGGCUGUUUAAUCAGGCUGGGAAGAAGACGAAGAGAUAAUCUCACUGCAACACAACACCCAUAUAAGAUUGAGUGCGAAAGAAUAACAUGUAACCACUGCCCAGAAAGCGAUCAGGACAAGAAACAGCGGCCCCCAGAAGAGAACGAUGACAACGGACCUCAUAACAGUCGUGGCACUUUGUUCAGGUAGGAUUUCUAUAGUUACUAGCGUUGAUUUAAUCCUAUUUUUAUUACAGAAAUAGCGUCUCUGACAUCCUUCUCUUUUGUAAAAAUUUUAGAUAGUUUUUUUACUGCUAUCAUAUUGAUCAAGUGGUCAAUAAAAACUGAGAUGUAGCUAACAAGUUAACAAAAAUUUAGAGCUUUACAGUUAACAACAUGCCGCAAAGGUUAAUGUUAGCUUCAUUUAUCGUGAUGUUGGCGUCUUAGGUGAGCAACAGAACAUAAAACAAGGAGUAAUAACCAAAUAGAAAAAUAAAAAGAAUGUUCUGUUCGUUCUGAUCUACUUUGCAUUCGUUACGUUUCUUCCAGGAUCAUAUAAGAAAGAGAGAAAGAGACGGCCUCCAAGAAUGAUAUUGGACCAAGACAAACGGUUUUAUUUCUUUCUACAAACAAUUUAAUAUAAAGCUUGAACAAUAAACUAUAAUAGGUCACUAGAGGUGGUAAAACUAAGCUGAAAAAUUAAAAUUAAUGUGCUCUUUCGUUUUCAGUAAAGUAUAAAAAAGAAGGGAACCAGUGUACAAUCGCAUUAUGGGCUAUUUCUACUCAGUAUUUAUUUCCUCCUUUAAUAGGGAACACAAUUCUUGAUUGAAGUUUAAACAAAACAGCAUUUUGAGUGAUGACUUUCGAAUGUCCUGUCUUGUAAGGAAAUAAAGGCACGCCUUAGAUUAUGCCCAUCGUGUUGUAAGCACAAUAUCUUGGGAGACCCAGAACAACAUAAAUACACUACUAGUUUAAGGGUACGUCAAUGUGAUACACAAUAUCCUCGGAAACCCAGGACAGCUACUUGAAAAGGAGAGAAUAUUUAAGAAGAACUGGAGAUUCACUCUACCAUUUUCCCUGUCUUUAAUCUCUUAUCUUAUCUGUGUUUAGAAUAAUUUUUUAGAACUAUCCUGAAGUCUUCUGCCAUCAUCUAAGCUUCUAUAUUGGCCCUUUGUUAAACUCCUCAUCGUCACCAGAAAGAAUUCCAUAAAAGUCAAUCAUCGAUUUGCAUUAGUAAUCGUUCGCGUUUCGAACGUUAUUCUUGAAAAUGCGGGUGACUGUUCAUAGCAGUUAAACAAAAAAUCAAAGAGAAAGCUUUACAUCAAAUAAAACUGAAAUUUACUGAUUAGAGGAGAGAAUCACACGCUUACUACCCUGCGAGCAGUGGUUUCUCCAGGCUGCUCGCAGGGUACACGCUUACGUGUCAACUCCGUAAGGUAAAUUGUUUAUUAUAUUAAAAUGAUCUAAACGUUAAGGAAAUUCCACGGUCAAAAGCAAUACGAAGGUUUCUCACUGACAAAAUCACGACCGCGAAAGAUUCAGAUAUUCUCCCUGCACUUUCCUACACCUAAGGACACGGCCUAGUGGGAAAGCUAGGUGGCCGUCCUUCAAGUUUUAAAUUGACUUCAAUCCGUUUCAUAAAUUCUCUCAAGUGUUGCCCAUUAGCGCCCCCUUCGGUGACAAAGAACAAGUGUUUUUACUAUUCGGCUUACGAACAGGCUACAACAGGGUCGAGCACAUUCAAAGUAGUGAUUGAAGUUGUUCUCCUUAAUAGAAAAUGACGUAGCAGAUACGCUAUCUAAUACGCUAAUUUAAACCACCCAGCACGAGUGAAUGCGAUGUUAAUUUUUGCUGGUUUCACUCUCCGUUAUGAAGAUGGCUUAACUGUUUUGUUUAAGAUGUCAAUUCAAUUUUCCGAUUCGCAUGUUUUGAGCAGUUUGUUUGUAUGUAUGGCAUAUCGAUGCGGGCCUUGUAACAUAACAGUAAGGGCCUAGUGAAUGAAUUAAAAAAUGCAUUAUUAACAUUUAAUGACAGCUCUUGACGGGUCAGUAAAUUAUCCAAUCAGAGACUGUAUAUUUUUGGCGGGGAAUCCCCUAAUAAAAUUGAGGCCUUCUAGGUUGUUUUCUAUUCACAUGGGCAAACCGGUCGCUUCACGGUUUGGUCAAAUGGAAAGCAAAACUCAGUACUUGAAAAUUUCAUUACGGAAUCGCGUUUACCAUUUGCACAAAUUAGUUUCAUGUACCGAAAACUGCCGCGAAAACGAGACAAAACAAAACAAAGCUUUACAUUAAAUAAACUGACUGAAAUUUUAUUAGAGGUGAAAGUGCGACUAAGUACAUCACAAGCUUACUGGGUCAAACCGAGAAUUUUUGGAGUACUUCCCGACUGGUUUUAAUAUUGUUUAGCAAAUGAAAAUGGCACAAGCAAAAUAAAAGAUUUCUCACUGACAACAUCACGGCCGCGUAAUAUUAAAAAAAUUUCCCCUUCAUACCUGUAAAAUACUGGGACGUGCGUGUUGCCCUUCGCGCCGUUAAAUGCUUUAAGACAUAUUUCAGGCAAUUUUAUUCAUCUGUUGGCAAGGGCCGAAAAUGAUGGUCUCAACGUGGCCAAGCUGACCUUUAGUACUGACCAUAUACAUUAAAAAGACACACAAGUACUUCAGUAAGAAAUUAUAUGGGAAUCAACUCUUCAAUGACUGUUUUCAUCAUUACACUUGACUGUCUAAUAUUGGGAACAAGACGAAGCGACAGUCCUCCAGUGAGAAGGCCAAACAAGAGGAAACGCAAACGAGUAAAAUGCAACCCUUGCAGUCUAAACGGUCAGAACAAGAACAAGCGACCCCCAGAGGAAAACUAUGACGACGAAACUUAUAACAGUCGUGACACUUUAUUCAGGUAG